CUGUCUGGCUGUACCCACUGCCGAUCGCGUCACGCUCAAAUCCCCUCCUCUCACUUCGUGGACAUACCAGCAAACAUGGCGCCCCGAAGGGAGAAUACCAUUGCUCUGUGCAAUCGUGUCACCACACAAGGAAACACCAUUUCCAUUCGCAUGCUCGAGUAUCUCAGUGCUGCGAAACAACCCGUUCAUGGCUUCACCCCUCUUGCAACCGACUUUCUCGAGCUCAGUCGAUUGGUCUGGUCGAUUGAGGCCGGAUUGGUCGAGGCGAACAAGAAACACACGGAUCUGCCGAGUGAGAUCACGUCUGAGCUCGACAAGAACUUCAGAAGAAUCAAUGAGGAGUUUCUCGUAGUUGGCCAAAUGAUGCAAAAGUUUGUCGACAACGAGGCCAAGAAGGGCGGGUUUGGAAAAGCAUUCCGGAUGAUGUUCGCAGACACAGAUGUCGACAAGGUCAGGGCAACAAUUGCUAGAAGUAGAGAUACUUUGAAGAUUAGUUCGGCCAUGUUCCGCAUGCUUCUCGGCGAUGUCAAAGCGGACGAGGCUAUGGGCAUCGGUUACACUGGGCUUGCAGCAGCUCUGGAGCGUUUGAACCCAGGGAAAACUACUCAGCUUCCACCAAUGCAGCCAUACCCUGAGUCUCUGCCACCAGACCCACCAUCCAAGCAGCCAACUGUCCACUCUAUGGCAUUGGACCACUCAUCAAUAGACAGACACCCCGUACACAACUCGAUGCAGAACUCGCUAGCGAUGCGUAACUCUCCAGUCGAUAUGUACCGAUCUCCUAGUAACCAGCACGACCGCCCUCGUACACCUCUCCACGAACGUCCUUCGAACCAUGACAUGAGAAGGCCCGUGGAUCACCACCAAGACUGGCGGGCAAAUAGCGCACCCAGCAUCAGAUCUGUCGACCGGGCACAAUCUAUUCGUGAAAGCGUCUAUGACCACAGUGGGAGUUACCACGGCCAUGGGCAAGGUUACGGGUCCCACGCAGCGGAUGAAUCCGUGAGAUCACGAGCUUUUGUGGACGAGGAUAUGCACCAUCUUUCACUAAGCGAACGCUACUCGGUAGACGCACCACACCGCAAACCCGAUGGACCAACCUCAGGUCAAUGGCAAUCAGCCAGACAGCCAACAGAUUCAGUCAUGUCGAACGGCAAAUCCGCUAUGGUAGAAGCAGUGCUGCAUAGACGGCCGAGGACACUCGAGCAAAUGCUUGAAGGGGGGGCAAGGACAGAUCCGAAGACCGAAGCGAGCAUGCUCCGGACUGCCGCGCAGAAUCGGGAUAUCGACUGCAUGUUGCUACUUCUCCGAUAUGGAGCGAACGCCAGCGGAGUCGAUGCCAACGGGUGGACUCCGCUUUACGCUGCCACGGAAGCGUCGUUCUUCGAAGGGGCCAAAAUGCUCAUCAAGGGUGGCGCGAACCCAAACACAUCAUCAGGUCCGAACUCGAUAUCUCCUUUGGCACUUGCUGCGUGUGAGAACCGUGUCGACCUUGUUCAGCUGUACCUCGCAAACGGUGGCGACGCAGAAUUCAACAUGGAGAAUGGAAGCACAGCUCUUAUCGAGUGCAUGAAUAAGACCUCGUCACCUGCAUUGGUAGAGAUGCUCCUCAAAUCCGGCGUCGAUCCGAACCACAAAAACGAAGAGGGAGCAACGGCUCUUUUUCAAGCCAUCACUGCGAAUAGGGUCGAUUUGUUGACAGUUCUUCUUGACAACGGCGCCAAUCCCAACCUUCCAGCGCCCAAGCACCCGCUCUGGCCAUCUACCUACAAGCCCAGAGUCCUCCAGCUCAUGCUUUCUCGCGGUGCUGAUGCAAAGAAGACCCCGGGUAUCAUGGAACUGGCGUCGAGUUUGAAGAAGCUUGAAUCUAUUCAGAUUCUCAUGAAAGCCGGCGUGUCCCCUAACAUUCGCAAAGAUGGUGUCUAUACACCUCUUUGCUCCGCUAUCCGUGACAACAGCGGCGAGAUUGUGACAUAUCUCCUCGAACACGGUGCGGAUCCGAAUCUGAAUGCCGCGGAGUACCCAUGCUUCAAGUGUAUCACACAUAACCGACCUCAAUAUCUACCUCAGUUAGUAGCCGCUGGUGCUGAUCUGAGCAGUCCGAAGGGUAUUGCCGAAUGCGCAGUGGCACACAACAACAUGGAGGCGCUCAACUUUCUCAUCAAACAAGGUGUGGACCUCAACACUCGCAGCCCUGAAGGCAACACCGCUUUGACAACUGCCAUCCGUGACGAUCGCUUGGACGUUGUAGACAUUCUCCUUGCCAAUGGUGCCGAUCCUGCUGUUCGCGGUGCAGAUUGGCCUCUUUGCAUGGCAGUCAAGCGCCCCACAAUCCUCAAACGACUUCUAGCAGCCACCCCUAACCCCCGUUCAUUCCGAGGCGUAGUAGAAAUGGCCGUCGUUGCAGGACAAAUCGAAAGUAUUAAGAUGCUGCUCGCAUCUGGUGUAAGCGUCGAAGAUAAGAACUGCGGAGUCUUCUCCCCGCUCACAACCGCCAUCCGCGAGCGCAACAAGCCCAUUGUGAGAUACCUCCUCGACGAAGCAAACGCCGACCCCAACGCACCAGGCGAGCACCUCCCUCUCGUCAAAGCCCUUCGGCGCCUCCUUCCCGGCGACACCGAAGUCCUCCAACUCCUCCUCACGCGUGGUGCCGACAUCAACAAAAUGCACAGAGGCUGGAACGCCGUGCUACAAGCCGUGGAAAACGGAGAUGCCGAUAUCCUCCGCCUCCUCAUAGAAAAGGGUGGACCCGUAGACCUGCAAGCCGUUGACGAAACCGGAAGGCCGGUCGUCGACAUAGUGACGGAACGAGGCUGGGAAGAAGGCCUUGCGUUACUAUUCCCCACGCGGCCGUAG